GAACAGCUUAACAACUUCAUUCCGCAUUACGGCUAUCUCAAUGUAAUAUAUCUUAAGAGGGAUUAAUAUGUCGCUAUACCCUCAGCCAUUCACUUCUCUUUUCGUUACCUAAUGUAUCAAUUUUGACGUUGCGGAUUAGUUCCAUUCUUAUUCUUCAGCUCCGCUGCCGUUUGGCAAUUUGGACAACAUUAUUUGGCCAUUUGGCCAUUUGGCCGUCCAAUUCCCUAGCGUCGUUCCUGUCCUGUGAUCGUCCACUGAAGCGGCGCGCGUCCACCAUGGCCCGGCCAUUUCACGUUGGGGUUACAGCGAGCCACAGGUUUCUUGACCCAUCGAUGCAUGGCCUCGACUUUCUACGCGACCUUAUUGGCCACUGGGUAUCAGGACUUGACAUCGCACGUUUAGGGUCCCUAGCUGCAUGCGUUGGUGCAGCUCCCGCAGCCUGGAGGUUUUUGAGGUCCGCUUGGCAUGAGACCUAUGGCUGGGUCAGGCAGUUCUUUAUCUCUUCCGUCACCGUGCCCGGCCACGACCCGCUGAAUAGGCAUGUGACGAACUGGGUCGUGACCAAUGUCAUCCAGUUUCGUAGCAUCCGGUCCUUCACAGCUCGCACUCAGGUUCAACCUGGCGCCGCCGCGGACCGUGCCGCCUUGCUAAAGAAGACCCGCCGUGAUAUACAGUAUCUGCCUCACUUCGACUCGACUUGGUUCUGGCACGAAGGGAACUUGUUCGUAAUUAGGCGACCUCUCGAUAGCUUCAAAGCGUCCGUGGCUAAUUCCGCCUAUGAUGGCGUCGGCGGAGAAGAGCUCACCAUCGGUUGUCUUGGCCGGUCAACGGAGCCUAUUAAGAGACUAAUUCAGACUUGCCAAGAGUAUGCGGACAAGCAAGCUCAAUACUUCGUCCUCAUAUACUCGCGCUAUCGGAUGUCCUGGCAGCCGAAGUCGCGCAAGCCGAUACGUCGUCUAGAAACGGUUCAUUUCGAUGACAAGAUCAAGCAGGAACUCCUCACCGAUAUCAGGAAAUAUCUUGACCCUAAUACCAAAAGAUUAUAUAAUCUCCGGAGCAUGCCAUAUCGAAGAGGGUACUUGUUUUAUGGGCCGCCGGGUACGGGGAAGUCCUCGCUGUCGACUGCUCUUGCAGGCGAAUUCGGUCUGGAUCUUUACGAAGUCAAGAUCCCGAGCGUAGCAACCGACCAGGACCUGGAGCAGAUGUUUCAGGAGGUGCCGCCGCAGUGUAUUGUGCUCCUAGAGGAUAUCGAUGCCAUCUGGACGAAACGCGAGUCAACAAACCAAGGGCAGCAUGGCGAGGCCAUAACGAACUGCACGCUUUCCGGGCUGUUAAAUGUCUUGGAUGGGGUUGGAUCACCUGAAGGCCGUAUUGUUAUUAUGACGACUAACAAGCUGUCUCGUCUUGAUAGUGCUCUGAUACGUCCCGGCCGCGUCGAUAUGAAGAUACUACUAGGCAACAUCAGCCGACAAUCAGCUGAACAAAUGUUCCUUCGAAUGUUCGCGCCAGACGUCGAUUCUUUACCACUGCCACCGCCGAAGAAGGACAUAAACAAAAUAGGGGAAAAGCAGGAGGUCCAAGUGGAUCACGAGAGACUGCGUAGGCUCGCUUCGGACUUCGCCACGCAAAUCCCUGAUGACACAUUUACCCCUUCGCAAUUGCAAGGCUUUUUCCAAUUACAUCUAGAUAACCCCGUCGAGGCCGCUUCGAGCAUCUCCGCGUGGGUGGAGAGGCAAUUAUCUGGAUUGUCAUCGGACGACGAGAUUGAGAUCGUCGGCAACGGACACGCUCGGUGAACCAUUAAUGAAGGUGUACGAUAGAUGGCAUCGAGAUUACUGUAUCAUAAGGAUGUACUAUAGAGUUUCAUAUUAGAAUUAGACAGGAUAUCGGAGUUUGGGACACGGUCGGAGGGUUGUUCAUUGGGCAUCGGUACGAACGGUAGAAUGUUGGGCGUUCGCUAACGUUAUUGUGUGAAUUUUUCAUUGAUUAGGGCAUAUCCCCUUAACUUGCAGUUGUUCUUGGGUAGCUAGAGAGCAAGGGAGGAUGCAGCUUCGCAUGUCAUAGCCGAUCAGACCCAGAAUAUAGAGCAUAGAUGGUACAGGAUAAUGUACAUACCUAUUCUGCCUUAUCAUAGUUAUCCCAGC